UUGUUUGGGCUGAGUUUUCCUUCACGGUGGAGAUGUUUUCGGCAUUCUGGACAUUUAUCAACAAACUUUUCCAGGUGAAGUGGAGAGGGAUACAGCACUCAAGACAGAUCACGCUCUCAUAUGUCAUCCCAACAGCUACAGCUGUGUUAUGCUAUCUCAAUAGUUUGGAAGGGGAUUUUGUUCACGACGAUAAGUUUGCCAUUGUGGAUAACCCAGAUGUCAACGGAAAAGCUAACUUUGCCCAGCUCUUUCUGAACGACUUCUGGGGAAAAGCAAUGUGGGACAACACCAGUCACAAAAGCUACCGUCCGCUUUGCAUUGUGACAUUCAGGCUGGACUUCUACUUGUCGCAUGGGAACCCCUGGUACUUUCACAUGGUCAAUGUGGUCCUACAUGCAGCCGUCACGUUCUUCUUUGUGCACAUGCUCCGCCGCGUGCUGCACGUGCCACUCGCAGAGACGUGUCUGGCUGCUGUACUUCGCCGUCCACCCCAUUCACACUGAAGCGGUAAGAAAAAUGACCUGGUUAUGACA